UCUCAGACCGCCCAAGAGAAUCCCUUGCGCGGUGCCGGGUCCGUCUCGGAGGCAGCUCCUGUUGGCAAAUCCUAGCUAGAAUCCUGCCAUAUCUAGUCAACCGCUAGAUUUGCCAAUAUGCCUGCCAUCAACAACGCCAUCGUCGCUCGCGACAACUUCGGCCACAUUAUGCGUCGUGAGAACUGGGCUCAACAAGAACCUGGUGUCAUCGUCGUGUUCUGCAUCGUUUUCGUCGUUGGCGUUGGUCUCAUUGGUCUCUGGAUAUCCAAAGCUCUCGCAAGACGUAAAGCCUCCAAGGCGGCUCUACCUGCGUAGAUGCCGAUUUAUGAGGAUCGGUGGGGGUUUCGUGGGAAGGGAUUGCCACGAGUAAUGGGACGAGGCCAAGUUGUGGUAGCGCGUUAGCGAUUUCGACGCGGCAGCCUACUCUCUCGAGUCGUACGGUCAAUCAUUCGAAUGCGUCAAGGCGGGGAAUCAAGGUGACAGCGAUCCAGGAACG